UAUGCAUCUACCACAUAAAAUAAUUGUGAAAACACUUCAAAAUUGUAACUAAUUUAGGUGACUUCCAUGGUAUCAUCACCCACACAGAAUUAAAUUUUCUGCACGUUGCCACCAAGGCACUGUAUAACUAAUCUUUACCAUAUAGACUAUAUUUAGGUGACUUCCAUGGUAUCAUCACCCACACAGAAAUAAAAUUUCUGCACAUUGCCACCGAAGCACUUCAUUCUGUCAACGUUUACUUCUCAUUGCUUUCAUACCCAAAAUUAUUUUAUAGACGUGGAAGAUUCAUGACUGUCUCGCCACAUAAUUUAAAUUAAUGCGCACGUACCUAACCAUAUAUGUAUGUAUGUAUAAACAUACAUAUAUGUAUAUCUAUUCUUAAUGCACCCGUCAUUCCAGAAAUAAAACAGUCAAUUAGGGUAAUGUGAAUUUCGACAGUUCCAUAUUUUCGGAUUAAAUACCUACCUACCAAGUGAAAAUUGCACAAGGUUAGCAAAGCACGCUACCUCCGGCCGGAUUGGCAGAACUUCCACCAACGCGUUCAGGCAAUAAUUGCGAAACGCAACUUUAAAUACAUAUUUAUUUAUUUUGCAAAUGAACCAGUAAAAAAAUCCACAACGUUAAACAUAUCCAUCCGUUUGCAAUUCUAAUUAAAUUUAAGUCGCAAGACAAGUAAUACAAAAAUUGCAUAUAAGUAUUGGCAAAAUUGUUAGCAGCAAUACUACAACAUAAAUACAUAUGUUUCUAUAUAUGUAAGUCAACACUACGACUAUCAAUCUUCCACUGUUACUACAAACCAAAUUAAAUUUGGACGCAUCAUUCAAUAGCAUAAGUAAAACUAUUACUUAUAGAAAUCUAUCUCGGCGUCGACUUAAGCAUCUGUAAAAGCAUUUAACUCAGUCAACAUGGAUUGGGUCAUUCAUGAUGAACUCGGUAUUACUGUCGGUCAUGUGGCUAGUGGAGCAGCAGCUUCCGCUAUGGUAAUCGGCGGUGUUAUACCUUAUGUACCGCAAUAUUUGGAGAUCAAGAAAACACAAGAUGCAGAUGGAUUUUCGCUUCACGUUUGUCUUGCUUUGCUGAUUGCGAAUUCUCUAAGAAUUUUCUUCUGGUUUUCCAAGCAAUAUGAGCUUCCGCUUCUUGUUCAAAGCGUUGUGAUGAACAUUACCAUGUUUCUUAUGAUACAUUUAUGCGUUAAAGUGAAACGUAUGAAUGCGUCAAAUAGAGAGCACACAUUUUCGGCUGAUGAUCUACGUCUACCAAAAGUAACGAUCGACACGGAUACUGCUGGUUCAGUUUCCACAGAUGUUGGCGCUUUGAAACGUGCACGCUCCAGGCACUAUUUGAACGAUCUCGAUUACAAAUACUUUUGGAAUUGGAGCGAUUUUCAAUCGUAUUUGGACUUUAUGCUCGUUGUUUGGGCAGUCGGAGCAGCUAUCACAUAUCUAAUGUUAUCUGUUAAGUGGUUUAUGGAGUCUGUUGGCUUUUGUGCUGUUUUCACAGAAGCUAUGCUAGGUGCUCCACAGUUUGUACGAAAUUUCAAGAAUAAAUCUACAUAUGGUAUGAGCAUCCAAAUGGUCAUCAUGUGGACGCUAGGUGAUAUGUUUAAGACUGGUUAUUUUAUUGUUAGGGAAUCUCCAACACAAUUCUGGAUUUGCGGCACACUUCAGGUUAGCUUAGAUCUUGCAAUAUUGCUACAAGUUUGGUUCUAUAGAAAGAAUACCAAGGCGCGUGAGAUGCGCCGUGGAGAUUAGCAGUUUGCCCCCGAAGAACAACCGCAACAAUCCCAAAAUCCAAACGACCUGCAAACAACUAACAACUCGGACAACAAUCAAUCUCUUGCUAUCACUACUACAAGCAGUGGAGAUGACCAUCUGCUCACCGCCAUUGCUGAUGAUGAACAUUUCAACAGCUACGCGAAUCCUGAAUACAGAAAAUAUCAUGAUAACAAAGCCUUCCAAUAUCAUCUUAAUAACAAUACCCUUAAUAAAGGGAGAGAGGCAUCAAGAAAAAUGCUUGCCGAUGAAAGAGGAGACUGCACUUUAGAUUCAGUGGUAAUUGUCAAGCGGCCUGAUAGCAUAUCGCGAAAAUCAUCGAGUCGAGCCAGGCCGGACUCUCCCAAUAAUAAGGGAUCUAUGUCUGCUAGAGAUGGUGGAAGAGGGCGUCGUAAAUGUCGAUGCCAACAUGGUGAUACAGUGCGACAACGACACAAUGCUACACAAACGCCGGACUCGAUUUUAAGUUGGAGUCAAUUGCAUAGCUGUCAUGGCCAUAGCACUACAAUGGAUUGCUGUGCAAAUCAUCAAAAAUCAAACAGCUGCUGUGGUCUGAUAAAUGGCAACUUAAAGUCUGGCGAAAUCACGUGUCACUGCCAUAUCACGCAUCAUUGCCACCAUUAUUCACCUGGAAGUGGUGAUGGAGGUGAAAGCAGACCUAUGAAACAAUGUGAACAUCGUAAUCGGACAAGUCGCACAUUUCAUCAACGUCAUCAUGCCCACCAUCAUCGGCACCAACACCAUCAUCAUCAUCACAACUAUCGCCACUUGCAACCGGAACUGCAUUAUCGAAAUAAAAACAACGUCCGCCGACUUCCAGGUUAUAAUAGUAAGUCUUCCUAUGGUUCCAGUGACGAUCUGCAGCAAUCGAGUGUGGAUACUGGUGAAGAAAGGUUGCAUGAAAUAGCAAUUGAAAUAGAUGCAGCUACAAUGACUGAAGACAAUACAAGCACUGCCACCUCAAACUUUGCCUACAAAAUGGCGAUGGGUAGCAUGGAGCCUAUUAUAUUGGCACCGUUACACGACAACGAUGGGGAUGGCAAGAAACAGCGGCGAAAACAUCCACGCGAACGAUGUGAUUCAAUGAAUUCGAACAGUACAGUUGAAACGGAUGAAUUGUCGCGAGAAAAUUUCAAUGAAAGCAAUGGUGAAGAAAGAGCGAUAUCAAAUUCAUUGAUCACCGGGCCACAUAAAAACGCCCACCAUACACUUUGGGGUAGCAGAGAUAUAAACGAAUUUUUUAAUAAUUACAUUCGGACCGAAACAAAAACCGACAGACGUAUUCAGGACAAAAUUACAAAACACAUGGCUUGCUGCAAUGAUUCUAUUUGUGGCAUUACUAGCGGUGAAAGAAGGAAGCAGGAUGCGGCACAUAACGAAUGUGUUAAAAUUCGACGAAAAUUAUAUGAUGCUGGUGUUGCAGACGAUUGCUGCAGCACUUGCUCGCAUUGUUCCAAUUGUUCCUGCCAAAAUGCAGAUGCCACCAGUUGCAGUAGUAUCGAUGACUUGGAUGCUGAUGAUAACGACGAGGAGGGACGAAUGGCACCACACGAGCUGGUGGUGUCGGCAGAAUGUCACCGCUGUAAUUUGCGCCGAAGGUCCACAAUAUCAACGGGAGAAGAGGCAGAAGAGGAAGCUCAGACAGAUGACAAAUUAACAGCGGCCAGCAUUGGCAAACAGGUCGCACAAGAAAAAGAAAAGACUACCACAGAAAGUUCAACGCAUACUAGCCGAAGAAGCAGUGCAAGCUUCUGCUCCUGCCAUUCGAGCACUUGCUGUUGCUGCGAAUGCGACUGUGCGGACGAAGCUGGCGAUGAUGACUGCGAGACUGCUACAACUGGGAAAAUGCACACCGCUAGGGACACUUCGUGUACGGCUUUAACAUCUGCGGCAGAUUUCGAUGCAGAACAUUCAAGUACCCUGACGCCUUUGACAAAUGCAUCGUCAGUUGCGUCAACGCCAAACGCUGAAGAUGCAGAUGUAACACUGCGCAGUUUCAACAACACAUUAACAGAGGACAUAGGUUCAUCACUUAGUCAAUCCGCAGAAUAUUUCUCACUUUCUUCUGGUAAUCACCAAAGCCAAAAGUCACCCACAGAAACACCAACGCGAAGGAAACUGAAAAUUCCUGGCGAAAUUAAUCCAGCUGAAUCGGUAUCGAAAUCAACCAAUGUUCCAGCGUCUAGUAGGAAGCCCUGCAAGCAUUACAUCAAACAUCAUCGUCAUAAACGGGACACAUCUCCAUUGGAUAGCUACUUAUGACGAAGUGUUUCGCUGGUCGCGUGGCCAGCGAUCGAUGUGAACUCGCUACUUCAGCAGACGAUACGGAAAACAGCCGUUCUCCACGAGCCUGCAAUGGUGCAACAAACGCUAUCACAUGAACUACAGCAGCAAUCCGGGACACGACAUGGGAGCAAUGAUAGUUCGACCGCCACGCUGACACCAUCAAUUACAACAAUCAUCAAAUACCCACCAAUGAAUAGCACAGCCAAUAGCGCUUGUAGCGUCUCAGGCACACCACAACAGAUGUCAUUGCAUUCGCUUAAUGCCGUCUCGACGGUAACUACUAUUUGUGGCAGCAACGGUGCUUCUGUGGUAACUACCGCCUCAGCACCAUGUAGUGGUCGUGCAAAACGCACUUCCAAAUUUGCGCCUGCAUCCUCGGAUGCAUUCAGCUGUGACCCCAUGCUUUUUGGGCAGGAGCGACGAUCAACUGAAAUAAUCUUAUAGCCACGUGGCAAUAAUGGAAGCUGUAAACUGAGGGCUAGGGGCUAGAGUGCCAUAUUUAUGUAUCUUACAUAAAUUUAACGGUAUGGAAACGCUAAUACUCGGAUGGCUACACCUCCCAAUUAAAAAUGUGUUAUUCAUUUUGAUGUUUUUAUUUUGUCGUGCUGCUAUGCUUUCUCUAGUCACUGUUUACCUAUUUUAAUUGGGUUGAAUCCGAAUUUUAUGAUUUGCUAGCAUGAUAUUUAGAAAGAGUUCAAACGCAACUUCGUGUUUAUCAUAAAAUUAGUUGAUAAUUUCCGAUCUACAGCAUAAAGACUGUUUAACGUAAAAUUAUUUUAGAUCACUACGCCCUUGCGUUUUUGGUUACUUGAUCUGAGAUUGCCAUAAGUCGAUAUACAUAUGCGCAUGCUAAAUAUUUUCCUCUCGGCUCUUGCAGGUAUUAUAGAUUGAUUAUGAGUGCUGAAGACCCUACGGUUUUCAUAUUGUGUGAAUACGACUAGAUACAAAAAUAUCUCGAGACUUGGAGAGUUGAAAUUUGUUGUUUCUCGGGGGUUAAAUUGUAAUUUAUUUAAAUUAUGUAACUACGUAUUUGUAAAUUAAUGUAAAGCAAAUAUUUAAGAAUGUAUGAAAAUAGCAAUUUUUUUAUUAAUAAAAGUAGUUUUAGAUCGAAAUUAUGUAAGUGUUAUGCAUUCUAAUAAAAAUUUACAACUACCUAUAUUCGCAUAUA